AUUCCUUCCAAAAUCUGGAUCUCUGGGAUACUAGCGUCUGAUACUGAAGCUGCCAAAAAAAACCUGUCUGCGUUCUUGAUCUGAACUUUACUGCCAAUGGCCCAACGCAGACACGACGGCCGGGCUUUGAACGAGUCUCGUCCACUGUCCAUAGUCUACGAAGGCUUGGACAGAGUCGACGGGUCUGCUCGUUUUGGAUUUGGCCCCACAAAAGCCCUCGCUUCCGUCUCCGGACCCAUCGAAGUCCGCCUCGCCUCCGAGCACCCCUCAAAAUCAACCUUCGAAGUCCACCUCCGUCCGCUCUCCUCCCUCCCCUCUGUCGAAUCCAAAUCCCUCGCCUCGUCCAUUCGCGCGCUCCUUUCUCCUUCGCUCAUCCUGACGCGCAACCCGAGGACGUUGAUUCAGUUGGUCGUGCAGGCUGUUUCGCCCCUGGGUGAUAGUGCGAGCGGGAGUGGGAGUGGGAGAGGGGGAGGGAGAGGAAGGGGGAGGAUGGGGUCGAGUGGGGUGGCGGCGUGUGUGAAUGCGGGGACGGCGGCGUUGGUGAGUGCGGGGAGUGUGCCGAUGAGGGGUGUAGUGUGUGCGAUUGCAGUGGGGAGGCUGAAGGCGAGUGGGUUGCUUGUUGUGGAUCCGAGUGAGGACGAAGAACUGGACGCGACUGGCUGUUUUGCCUUCAUGUUCGCAGACUCGGCCGGUGGCGAGAAGACAUCGGGAUCGGAGUCAAUACCGGGAUGUGAAUGUGUGUGGACGGAUUGGAAGAGUCUUGAUGCAGGAGGAGGAGGGUUUGAGGAGGAGGAGUUGGUGAGAGCGACGGAGAUGGCGAGGAGGGGCGCGGAGAUGGUGUGGCGCGAGAUGAAGGACAGUGUGCGGUUGAUGGGUUUGGGGAGGAGGGCACCAUUGGUUGCGAAGACGAAUACGGGUGUUAUUGCUGGAGGUACAGGUACAAAGAAGAACGCGUUGGUGAAGGAAGAAGAGGAAGAGGUUGAUGAUGACAAGAUGGAGAUUUAGUGAGCUGCCGUCGAUGAAGGUCCAUAUGUCUGGGAUCCAACGCAUGUUGAUGGCUUGAGUGCCGAGCCAAUGCUCACACACCGUCAUCGUUCACUCCACCAAUACUCUCAACCUUCGGAGUCACAGCGGCGCGUCGCCAUCCAGCCCAUGGCUCAUCGUGUGGUCGUUGCAUGGCUUGACAUACGAUCUACGCACAGCCCAAUGCCUUGUCUGCAUCGACCGAAAUUGGCUCUUCGACUCGUUGCCUUCCGUUCUCCAACUUGUCCCCACCGUACUUCGGGGUUUGGCCGUCGUGUUUUCUUGGAAAUGUACUGGGUUCCAGGACGAGCUUCUAGCAUCCUCUUAUACGUGCG